GUGUGUUGUAUAUAAAUAAAAAUUAUAUUAAGUGAUUUAAAUGUAAAAAGUGCGAGAUAGCCAGCAAACUUGAAGAGGAACAAACUUGAACGACAGCGGCGACAAAAAAACGCAAAAGCAACAAUGUUGCACAACAAUCAGCAAACAGCAACAACAACACCAGCAGCAGCAACAACAACAACAACAGAUGGCAAUGGAACGGAGCCAACAAUUGCAACGCACCUUGCAGCAACAACAUCAGCUGCAGCAGCAGCAGCAGCAACGCCGAAGGAAAUAGAUGCAACAUCAGCUGAGGGUCAGCCGCUGACAGCAGGAACAACGGCAGAAACAGCUGAUGUCGUCGUCGUCGCUGCUGCUGAUGCGGCUGCUGCUGCUGCUGCAUCUGCUUCAGAAUCGCCCGCAAUUGCUCAGAUGCGAACGCAGCAACGUCAAAAGAUUAAGAUAUACCACGAUGCGCGACAGACGGCUGUAUGGCGCACCGAUUCGCUGGCCUCCAAUCCCAACUCGACCAUGUGCCCGGAUUUUGGCAGUUCCGGAGGAUCGGCGCCAGCAGGAGGACCGGGAGGAACGGGAGUUGGACUAGGCGUCCGUGGCAUCAUCCUGUCGACAGCACCUAGCCUGCUACAACGCAAAGUCUCGGACAUUUCACUGGCCUCGAACAUACCGCGUCGCGUCUCAUUUCCGGAGAACCAGCUGGUCACCGGUUAUCUGGAGCCAGCAGAUCCAUGGAAGCAAGUUUGUCUUGUCCAGAGCAUUGCCGAAAUUGUCGAUCAGUAUGUGGACUCAUGUCGAAAGCAUAAAAGGGAGCCCUUAAAGAGUGUUAUGGAUCAUCUAAAGAACCUGGAUCUUAACCAGGUGCGACAGCCCCUUCUACCACUUAAAGCAAAUCAAUUGGCGGCCAAUGAUUGCGAAGCUCUGGAGGAAAUUUUCAAAAGGAUACAAUACAAAUGCAUCGACCUGUCCGAUUGCUCACUGGAUGAGAGCUGCCUAAUGGCCUUGUUUCAGAUGAUUGAAUACUAUGAAGCUGCUAAUGUGGAUAUAUCCUACAACAAGGAGCAAAUGACCAAGAGAUGCUGGGAGCUGUGCGCCUACAUGGUGGAGCGUAGCCAGGAGUUGCAGCUGCUCAAUGCCGAAAGCAAUCAGAUUACCAAAUUGGGUGCCGAUAGCCUUGGCCGGGCUUUGGGCUCCUCCAAUUUGCAUACCCUAAAGCUGGAGCACUGCGGCCUCAGGGGUCAGCCGUUAGUACAUCUGUUAUCCUUCGCAGGUCGAGCUUAUCAAAACAAAAUGCUCAAGGAGCUGUGGGUGGGCUAUAAUGAUCUGGACUGUGUGGAUGCCCAGCAUAUAGCAGACCUGCUGCGCUACAACCAUAGCUUGGAGCUUAUCGACAUUAGCAACAACAACAUUAGGAACGAAGGUGUCAUGUACCUUGUGCAAGCCCUCAUUCUGCAGUCCACCGAACUGGAGCGACGUAUGGGUGCCCUUAAGCGAACACGUGCCAUUGAGGUGGAUGAAUGCUCGUCGCCUGUGGAUACGGAGCCACCAUAGCAGCAGCCGCCGUAGCAGCAUCAAGCGGCGAAUGAUGUCGUUGAUAGUGAGUCAUCAUCGUCAUCAUCAUCGGUUGCCUCUAUUCCAGAGGCUCCGGCGGAACAGGCAGGUGUCACAAGUUUAGAUCAGCCCGCCGUGGGUCUAAUUGAUGUGGAGAAUGACAACGACGACGACAAUACCGAGGACACUGUUCGCACGGUGAAGAACUGCGGCCAAAAUGGCAGUGGCCAAUCCAUGCUGGACAAGCUGCUGUCAAUGAAUAGCGACAGUAGCAGUGAGGAGGCGCCUUCAAACAUUUCCACCGACACACUGGCCGCUUGCUGUUCCGAGGACAUCAGUGAGAUAAGCAAUGAAAUCUAUGGUACCGGUCCGAAACAAAUAGUAGCAGAAGCAGGACUGCCGGCCCAGGAGAGCUCAAACACCGGUCCGGUGGAGUCACAACCAGCGCCUAGUGCUGCAGAGACACAACAAUCUGUACAACAACAACAACAACAACAGCAAAGUUCCCAAAACGAACGCAACAUAUGUGAUAUUACUCCCUCAACAGAGGCUAAAACCGUUGAACCCAAUGAAUCCUGUGUACAGAACAACAUCAUCAACAACAAUAAUAAUAAUCAAGCUAAUAAUGCCCAAUACCUACAAUAAUAACAUAAUCAAUCACCGUCAUCGGCAGCAGGAGCGGGAUCAGGAGCGACAGCCUCUGUUGCUGUUGCUUUAACACAACCCACUGAAAUCGUUGUCAGUCCAGAUAGUUCCUCGCCAGCGGCCAUAUUUGAGGUGACCGCCGAGGAGAGUGACUGCAUUAAUGGCAGCGGAGUGAGUGGAGCGGGCGGAUCGCGACCCCUGGAUGUGAAUCAGAAUGCCAGGACCCCGGGAGAUGACUUUGAGGAUACGCACAGCACAGACUCGGCCUUCGAGAGUGCCUCCGAGGGCGAUAUAAGUCGCCAUUUGCCCGAUGAAUUCAGCAGGCUAUCGGUAUCGCUUGAGAGCACGCGGCUAGACGAUAUAGCAAAGGAAAUGGGUGGCAUUGAGACGGCCACCAUAGCCACAGAGUCCACCGAGUGUUUGUUUGUCGCUCAGGAGGCAACCAUGCCCACAGUUACAACCACGCCGCCAGUUCCAGUGCUGUCGAAAUCCCAAGAUUGCAUUCCUACGCCGAAGGUAACCAUUGCCGAGGAGUGCCUGCAGGCGAACAGAGAACUGAGUCCCAGUUCCUAUCCGUGUCCCAGUCCAGUGCCGACACCACCACCGCCCUCCACAUCGCCGGGUGGAGCGAGCAUUGGACUAAGACGAACAGAGUCCAGUUGCGCCUACCUCAACCAGUCCUCGCGCAAUCGAUCCCAGAGCUCCGAUAGUCUGUGUAGCGAGACAUCGCUGGACGGUAGUAACAGUAAUAACAGCAUCAGCUCCAACACAUCCAACACCUCCACCGAUCCCAAGUUCGCCGAAAAGUUGACCAAGAACGAUACCCUGUCGCGUCGCCAGCUGGCAGAGUCUACUUUGGAGGCCGCAAAUCGUUCGCCCAGCGGCCUAAAGGCCCUCACCUUGUGGAACAAUAAUCUUACCAAGGAUUGUGCCCCUGCGGUAUCCGAGUUGCUGCAAAAGACGAUUUCCCUGGAACUGCUCAAUAUUGGAAAGAACUGUUUGUCCAAUGAGUUUGUGGCCACAAUUAAGGAGAGCCUCACGAAGAACACCACGUUGACAACGCUGGGAUUGCAGAGUGCCCAUUUGAGUGCCAAGGGUGUCGAGACACUGGCCACAAUCCUCACCUUUGGCGGGAAUAGCAAACUGCAGCGCAUCGAUAUCCGUGACAAUAAGUUGGAAGUGGAAAGUCUGAACAUAAUCGCCGAGGUGCUCAAAUCCAACAACACGCUUACCCAGAUCGAUAUUAAUGAUGAGCCCAAGCGUCUCACGUUGCCCAUAGUGCCGAUAGUAAAUGUUAUACCGCCAUCGCCAUUGCCCCAGGAGAGCAUCGGCAGCGAUGCUCACUUAGACUACACAAGGGUGCUGGGCACCGUGCGUUCCCUGUGCUCGCGAAACGAGAAGCGGCAGGCGCAGGAGCUUGCAGAGAGGACGGUGAAUGUUGGCGGCAGCGGGAAUACAAGUGCUGGCGGUAGCUUCCCAGGCGGAUCCCGGUGUCGCGGCGGUUACUACUUGGGCUCGCGGAAGAUCUCGCUAACCUGCCACAGUCGUCCCUUUGUGGACGCCGUCACUGGCACUGUCACGGAAGCAACUGCGACCGCCGCAGCAACCGCCCUGCCCACACCGGCCGCCUUGCUGGAGGUGAAGCGUAAGGGUGGCUCUCGCCUACGCUCGCCCGGCCCCAGUCCGCCCACAAUAUCGCCGUCCUCUUCGCCCAACCGCAGCCGCUUCCACGUGUCGCGUGUGACGGAGGUGGCCAGCAGCCCAAUGAUCUCACCGCUGGCCCAACAUCCGCCGCAGCAUACACCGCGCUCGGCCAGCAGCUGCAUGUCCAUACCCACCAUCAGUUCACCGGGAGGCAGUCACAGUCUCAAUACGCUUGGAGCUUUGCCCACAUCCAGUUCGUUACCAGCAAUGGCUUCGGUUACUUGUUCGACCCAGACCGUAAAGCGGCUCUCGGUGUCUCCCAGAUCUCGCUUCCAUGUGUCGCGUAUCUACGAGGAUCCUCAGGUGCCGAUGGCCAAUCGUCAGCUGCCGCCAAUUGCGCCGCACACGCCACCCAUUGACCUACCGCCAACACCGAUGCUCAAGUCGGCAAGGAAAGCUGUGCAGCUAUCGGAGGCAGCAGAGGCGGCAGCGGCAGCGGCAGCCUCCUCAGUAAGCAGUGUAAUGAUCAUAGAGCCAAGGGAUGACACCUGUGCUGAGGGAAAUGAUAGUACAAAAGGCGACGAUGACGACGCGGGAAAGAAGCUUUCGCCGCACGAGACCAAUUCACCCACCGUAAGCAAUUCUUCGCCCGGAAGUACCAGUAGCAGUAGCAACAGCAGCGGAAGGAGUGGAAGCGAUAGUAGCAGUAGCACCUCCAACGAAGACGACUCUGUAGAUCCAAAUACAGAAGCUCAACCACCCAGGAUCUGUCCCCUGGCCGUGUUUGGUGAUAAUGACAUCACACUGACCAAGGAAUCGGCUGGUGUGGUUGCUCUCUCCGCUGCUGCUGCUGCUGCGGCAGCCAGUCAGGCGAAUCCAUUAUUGGAAUCGCACAGAAGCCUGCCACCUGCCGAACCCAUCAGCAACAAUGCCCCACAGACGCGGGCGAAAACUUCGUGGAUAGCCAAUCCCUCGACGGUGGACAAGCUCCUAACGAUUUUCAACCCGGGCACCAUUUUCCAACGCAGCUCCUCACCGGAAUCAAAGGUCAGUCAAGUCACCGCCAUCACCACAGCAACCACAACCACAACGAGCGUCGGCAGCGGGACAGGAGGAGGAGCAGUGGGAAGCGGCGACUCCAGUUCCAUUUCAAAUCCCAUUCUAUCGGUGGCUCGAAAAACUUCACCAGCAUCUUGGACAUCUCUAACUGGCAGCAAUAUAUCAAACUCUAGCCAAAAUGUAGACUCAGGUAGCUCAUCCUUCCUGGACACAGCCUCGAGGCAAUGGGAUUUCAGUAAGCAAGUUUUUCGCCAGAACAUAUCCUUCAACAACAGCAGCGGCGGUGAUCCCACUGCCUCGGGCGGCGGCACUUUGUCUGCUCAGCUCGAGGGAAGCACAACGGCAACAUCCUCGUCGAGCAGCACAGAGUCGGCAUCGUCACCCGAGUGCAAUGCGGCUCACAUGCCGCCCAGUUUGAAGCGUCAGCUGAAGGAAAUAUCGCCGGAGCACACAAUAAAUGAGGAGACGCUACACAGCCUGCAGAAGUUGUCCAGGGCCGAGGAUAUGACGCUCAAAGCGGAAGCAGCUGCGGAAUUGGGCGACAUUGAAAUUGUGAUGCACAGCGAAGUGGUGGACUGUCCGCUGGCAGAGGAGAAGACACAGGACCAUGAAGAGACAGCGCCGAGUCUCGUUUAAAAAAAUAACAAAUCUAACUAAAAUUAACUAAAACAAAGGCAAAAUAAUUUGAGAUCAAGUGAGAAAAAUACAAGAACUCAAUUGAAAGGAAUACCACCCACCCAGCAUUCCCAUGGCGCUUCUUUGUACUGUUAUCCCACCACCACCCGGCCUUGAACGUAAAAAGUCAAGGAUGCGAGAAAAUGGAAGGAAGUUUGGUAUCCCAAACAAAUUCGAUGAAGUACACAACUUAUUACACUAACUUUGUUUUAUUUUUUUUUUUGGUUAAAUU